AGAGAGGUCGCCGUCGUAACCGUGUCAGGCGGUGUCUCGGUCGCGAGGAACGCACAUAUCCCCGGAGGGACGGUGUCGACAUCCACAACCCGGAGUGCUUAGACCGCGCUUGUCGCCAUCCCCGCCACGCCACAUUCUUUCGUCAAUCACCGGUUACACCUAACAACACGACAAGCAAUGGCGACUCGGGCGGACAUAACGGCCGCUCUGGGCGAAGUGAGUCAGGUCCCGAGCUUCGACCAGCCAUCAGCUCCAGUCCAAUCCCACAAAGCCGCUUCCCAGCAGCCUCGCAGGCAAAUACACAAAUGGCGGAGAACAGCCGGUUCACGUACUCGGACCUCCCACUGGGAGCUCAAAGACCGUCGCUGGCGGCGAAUGUUGGCCAACGGCGAAGCCACCAAACCUACUGACUUCUCCAAAUACAAUAUCCGGGCCGAUGUGCCUAUCUACGAUGAUGCGACCUAUGAUAUGCACUUGACACACAACGACUGGUCACGGGAAGAGACUGACUACCUUCUCAACACAUACCGAGAAAGCUACGGCAAAUGGCCCGUCAUCGCAGAUCGAUACGACUCCGGCCGCGAGCGAUCCAUGGAAGAGCUGAAGGCCCGUUUCUACAGCGUGUCAGCCACGAUGCUUGCUAUACAUACACCUAUAUCGUCCAUGACCGCACCACAAUAUUCACUCUAUGAGACAUUGUCCAAAUUCGAUCCGCUCAAAGAAGCCUCACGGAAGAAACUCGCUGAAGGCCACCUUCACCGCCGGCAGAAUGAAGUGGACGAAGAAAGCGUGCUCCUGGCCGAGCUUCAGCGGAUAAUGCUCCAUCAAGCCAGCCUUGACAACGAACGGGAAGAUCUACGGAGACGUCUAGAUCAUCCGCUUGCCAACACCAAUGGUUACCAGUACCAGACAUCACAAGCACUCACCACAUUAUGGCAACAGCUUCUGGCAGCCGAUCGAGCCAAGAAAGUUCAGCGGUUACGGCCGACUGGAAAUUCAGCGUACGAUGGCUUUCCAAGCGCUACACCUACGUCUGCAAGGCCUCGCGACUCGAAUGCCGGCCUGCCUGACACUGGGAACGCAGCGGGCCGCCGGCCGACCCGAGACUCCCUGCCAUCUGCGACGACGCCUUCAAGCGCAUUCCCGAACGACCUGUCUAAGAGCGACCUUGCACGCUUUGGCGUUGUUCACGCACAAGACAAGCUUCCAAACGGUGUCACAUUCGCAUCUGACAGGCUUUCGAAGCCUCGCGUUGCCAAGUCUACGCAGCAAACCGAGAAGAUUGCCGCGAUACUGACACACAUCGGUGUUCCCGACCUGAUUCCGCUGCCAACCCCGGCGGUUAUUGAGCAGUUCGAUGCCAUUAUCAGCAAGGUCCACACGCUGUUGGACAUGCGAAAGCUGCGCGAUAAAGAAGAGCAAGAGCUUAGGGUUCGCGAGGCGGAGAUGGCGUAGUCAUUACCGACGCAUUAUUCCAUUGGUAUUGGUAACGCAAUUGACGCAUUAGUGUAUGUUAUAUGAUACCCUGGAUCGAGUUGACCGCUUUAGCCGAGUAGGAUGAGCUCCUCCACUCCUCUAAU